AGCGCAUGAUAACGAAUCCGAACCGUCCAUCCGGUUCAUAAAAAUUUCGUCUGCAGGAGACGCCAGAGAAGAGCGGUGGUGAGAGUGCCACAGUGCCAAAGUUUUCCCCAAGGGCACGGAAUCCGUCAGUUUUUCACAGUGUUGACAGUACCAGACGUAGUGAGAUGUGGUGUGACAGUGAUAUAGUGGAAGUGCUGAGGAACAGCGUGCCGUAUUAUCUGGUGGUGGCACUGCCCCUUCUGAUUCUCAUAUCGCCUGUGCCCGUGGUAGAUGCCGCCGCCGAGUUUACAGUUUACCGGCUACAGCAGUAUGACCUACAUGGCUCUGCUCAUGGUAGUCGAAGCAGUUUGGUGAAUGUAGAGGCUCGAACCUUAGAUGCACCGUCGCUGGCGCGGCGUUGUGUUUUAGCACGCUUGACUGAUCUUACACCUUCAUUAUAUCAGCAGCUGAUCAGCCAGGGUGCUGCAGCACUUCUGGUUCUCCUGCCUUCCAACCUGCUUGGCCUUUCAGAGGAUCAGCAAAAGUUGGUUCAUGAUGUUGAGGAGGCAAUGCUGGAUAGUGAUACUCAGAUUGCUGUAUACUUAGCAUUUGAAACAAAAGAGCUCACAGAGAUCUAUGAGGCUGUUAGAACGUCAACAAAUACAGAUUCAGCGUCAUCUGCUGCAGCAGCAAUGAUGAGCUCACUGUCCUCUGAUGGCUACCAAAUUGUAGUAGGAGGAAGUCAGUCUAAGCUGAUCACUGAUAUGUCCAUUGCCAAUGUGCAGGGUAAACUAAGUGGAUAUGGCAUUGAGGAACAACUGCCAACAAUAGCAGUUGUAGCCCAUUAUGAUGCAUUUGGAGCUGCACCAGAACUGUCAUGGGGUGGAGACAGCAAUGGUUCAGGUGUUGUCAUUUUGCUAGAACUUGCCCGUAUUCUUUCUCGCCUUUACUCAUCUCCACGGACUCAUCCACGUUUGAAUGUGGCCUUUCUGUUGUCUGGAGGGGGUUACAUUAACUAUCAGGGUUCCAAGAGGUUUUUGGAAGACCAUCUCGAUGCUUCUGAUUCCCCACUGUUAUCAGAGACCCACUUUACUCUUUGUUUAGAUACCCUGGGCAAUAGCAAUACUCUUAGGCUACAUGUCUCCAAGAGGCCAAGAGAAACCUCUCCUGGACAUAACUUCUAUCAGGCUUUGGAGGAAGCUGGAAAAGCUUCUGGUGUUGAAGUUGAAAUGGUGCAUCGCAAGAUUAACCUUCAAGAGGAUACACAAGCUUGGGAGCACGAAAAGUAUAGCAUGCGUAGACUUCCAGCCUUCACACUGUCUAGACUUACGGGUCCUAAAACUGGUGAGAGAGGAACCAUCUUAGAUACAACAGAGUCCGUUGACAUUGACUCACUGACUCGAAACACAGCAGUGGUUGUCAAUGCCCUCCUCCGUCACAUCUACAACACUUCCAUAGAUGGUAUUCUAGAUGAUGGAUGCUGUAACGAGAGGUAGUGUGGCUUCAUGGAUAGAUAUGAUUUCAUCCCAACCGCGAUCUCCACAACUCUUGGCUGGGAAGAACAACCCUCUAGUCAAUACACUUCAUCAGGUUCUUAUGAGGUACACCAGUGAAGCCCGUGUGACUUACGUUAAAGCUGAUAAAAGGGAUCCUGAGUGGGCCUUCUAUGAUGUGACUCGUUCUGUUAUGGCAGCAUAUGCUGUGAAACCAGCAGCCUUUGAUUUUCUUCUCACUUUAGCCAUUUUAAGCUAUUUAGGUGUCAUUUACAUGUUCCUCCAGUACUUCCACAUGGUUUAUGCAUUUAUGGCUCGUCUUACUACCCCUCAGAAAGUGAAGUCUCACUGAGGUUUGAUUGCUUUGCAGCGCAGCACAAUCUUUUACGAGCCUCGUCUCGUUAUGCAAGAACUGUGAUUUUGGUGUUUUUUGUGAUUUUUGUUAUGUUUUUGCCUUUGAGGUUAUCAUAAAAGGCAACAUUAUACUUACAGUAGUGCUGUAUUUGUGUUUUGCAGAUGUGAAUGCCAGUGUUUAUUGGUGGCUAUUUGUAAUUCACCUCAAGAACCUCUUUAGAAUGAAGAAACUAGUAAUACUUUAACAUAGUAAAAUGAUGUUUUGUUGCUAGUAAUAAACUUUUUAAUUUAUUAAACCCUUAGAGAUCUUAUUUUUUCUAUUUUGUUUUGUUAGACUUAAUUCAUUUCCACAAACUUCAUCCAGGUUUUUGAAGUUUUCCAUUUACUUUAAAAUGAAUGGUGUUUGCAAAUAUUUUUUGAGGAUGGUAAAUUUGAAAGCUUAUUGUACUAUGUUUCAAACUGACAAGAUUUUCAUGCUUCCAUUGCUAAUAAAACUCAUACAAAAUGAGAAUGGCAUGUGUGUUUUUUGGGGAUGCAUCAUUUAAAAAUGUAAGAAAUAUAAUGUCGGCUUCGGUGGACAUAUUAAGGUAAAAACUCCAGUUUUUCUUAAUAUAGCAGUUCUUGUGUAGUUACAGUAGAAGGGUAUUUUAGGGGUGAUUUUCAUUUUUAAGUUGUAAGUUGUUACUCUGGUUCAUCUUGGGUAUGACUUUAUAUAUACAGUGAUUGAAUAGAAAAGAUUAUUGUGUAAUUGGCAAGAAAAAAUUAUCUGAUGCUUUUUAUAUUUUUCCAGUAAUAUUUUGUAAACUGUGAAAAUGUUAACUGCAAAAGUUGUCAUCUAAUUGUCGAUGUAGGCUACUCAAAAUAUGUACCAGUUACUUUUGUUAUUCUCAUUUGGCAGAGAUAGUUGUUGAAAACUAAAUUACAGUGGUCCAUGUACUUGAAAGUAGAAAGAGGUUAAUUAUCCGAUUCUGAAAACCUUUGAAGUUCAUGGUUAAAGCCAUUAGAUAUUGAUAUUGUGCAUAAAUUUGAUUUUGGAAAUGUUAUUGUACAUGAUUAUAGAAUACUAUUGAAAUUGCAACUUAAUAAUGUAUGAAAUAGUUCCUGAAAACGGAAACUUGGAAAUUAUCUGUUUGAUCAAUAUGUUGAAGUUUUUAGGAAAGUAGAAAUGGCUAAGUAAGGGGAGCAUAGCUUUCUAAAAAUGGCAUGAAAGACAAGUGAGCUUGCCAUUGACCAUACUUAAAAGACUGUAUCAUUUACAGUGCUUAUUAGUGAAAAGUUUGUAUUUCUCUUAUAGAGAAAGUGAAGAGUAUAUAUGACGUAUGCAAUAAAUAUGCUGCAAGAGUUUGGAACUUACAAAUUAUUCUCAAAGCAAAUUGUUAUUGUACAAAAUCAAGAUUUGUUCAAAUAUGAUAAUCCAAUUCUUAGGGAAUGUUUAGUGCAAAAUGAGAAAGUAGGAAUUUUCUUGGCCUCAUUACAAACUUUUUAAAUUGUUAGUAGUUUAAAAAAAAAAGUGAUGUGUGUAACUUGUACUCUUGUUAUGUAAUCCUGAUCUGUGUAACUCCAGAAAUUUUUUGUUUUCAGUUUUGGGACGUUAACAACUGAGGGUGUUGUAUGCAUAAUGGUAAUUCAGUAUUAACUCUUGUAAUCAGUAUUUGUUUUUUGUAUCAGCCAUAUUCAAAUUAGAAAUAGUAACCUUUUUAUUUGCUUAUUACACAUUUCCAAUAAAACGAGAAAAGAUUCUGCUAAUGAGUAACGUUGCUUUCCGAUGGGUGCUUUCAUAUCAGCAUCCUAAUGAAAUUUUUGUCUCCCAAAAUUAAUCAUGUAAGACUGUGGACUUUGUUACCAAUGAGAGGAUUCUUGAAGGGAAUGAACAGUUUUGUAGUACUUUAAGGUUGUUUUAGAGCAUUCUGGAUGUCAUUUUCCAGGUUGUCACCGUAAUCAGUAUGGGCCAAGUCUCAGUUCUCAAAUUUAAGUUUUGAUAGUUGCCCUUUUUAAUCUUGCUUUGUCUAAUGAUAAACAUUUACCCAAAGCAUAAAUGUAAUGAAUAGUAGAUUUUUGUUGUCAGAUUUUUUUUUCUUUUUCAUUUUUCUCUAUGAUAAAAUUUAUGGAAAAUACUAACUUAGCCAUGUCACGGAAACAUGCAGAGUCAAAGAAAUUGGACUCUUAAUGACACUAUAAAAUAAGUACUAUAAUAUUCUGCUUUUCCUAUGAGAAUCCAGUGAUUAGGAAACACUUGCUACAGCAUUUUAAGUUGUAGUAGUUAAAAGGGUCAGAAAGUCCCAUAAUCAGCAAGUCAGAAUUUUUUCAACAACCAACUGAUAAAGAGUGCUGUUUUUAUCUAUUUGAAAUUGCAAUUAAUACAGUGGUUUUCCAAGUGCAAGUGUCAUUCUUUUUUUCCAGUAUUUUAGAUUUCAAGUUCAUUUUCCAAGGUCAUUGUUUAUCACCAAGAUUCACAAGGCAUAUUAGCUCAAAUGGUGCUUGGUAUGGAUUUUAGUUUGUCUAUUUUUUUUUUUUUAGGCUGAACCUUUUUAUGGAAUGUAAUACAGUAUCAGAAUGAGUCAAGUAGCUGUAAUCAGUGAUACUGGGACUAGUGACACAAUACUGGUAAUGACCUUUAUGUAUCAAAUAUUUUGUAAGAUGUGUGCAAUAUUGUAAUCCAAAUAAGGAUGUAUGUUCUUAAUGACAGCAUUGAUUUUAAACAUUUGUGCAUACUUCCUGGGCCUUCCUACAGGUUAUCAUCCUGAUACUACUAACAUAUACGUAUAUUGCUUUUCCGAUCACGUGAAAUGGGUUUUUGCUUUCUUCUCUUUCCCAUGCUCCUGCCUAAGUGUCACUCAGGCCUAGGUCUUCUUUAUCCCCUUUCUAUACAGUUUCCUGGACUACAGGACCUGUAGGAAGGUCUCUGUCCUAAUACUUCUAUGUCUGCUGCUUUUCUGACCAACUGUUCUCAUCACUUAUCCAAAACAUCUUUAUCUUUUUCCCUGUCUUGAAGCCAUCUCCCUCCACAGUUUCCACAUUCAUAUGUUCCCAAUGUACUUCAGUCACGAAUGUUGACACACUGCAGUCACACCCUUUCAAAUCUCCAUUUUGCUUUUUUCUUUGUAUUGGACAGGCCUAGUGUACUGUCAUAGAUUAUUUUCUACUUAACACAGACCUGCACAUUAUCACAGCAAGGUUUUCAACUCUUUCUUCCCCAUUAACUCUUAAUACAUUUUAGAAGAUCAGAAAUUUCUUAUGCUAUUUAAUAUUUUGUAACUGAACACAUAAUGACACCAUCACAUCCAGUAGAUAGUGCAGAGUGUAGUUUCUACAACAAAUACAAGGCCACUGUUCUGCUUGUACCUUUGGCCUUUCUUCCUCCUCAGUUACAGUCACACUUUCACACUUUCAGUUCAGCUUUUUCACCACCUCUUCCUCUAAGCCUGCUGUUAGUACUAGGUCAUCUGUGUGAAGCUGUUCCCAGGGUACCCAUUUUCCCAAUUCCUUGUAGCUUUUUUCAUACUAUGAUAAACAGCAAAGGACUCCGCACUGAUUGUUGAUCGACUGUUUAUCUGAAAAUCUUAUAUUGUUUAUCUGGAAAUCUUAUAUACUUAUGCUUCAGUCAUACUGUCUAGUUCUGCAGCAUGCUGGAAGUGGGGCUAGAGAUACUUCGCACCAGCCUUUGGACCCAAAUUAAAUGUUUCUUUUUGCCUUCUAUGUAUUUUUCAACUGUUCCUGUGAGCUCUUCCCACCUGUCUAUUCAGCUAUUUUGGUUUUAUCAUUUGCCAUUGCUACAGCUCACAAGCAGUACUUCAAAUUUCACCACAAAGGUGAAAGCUUUUUAUUUCCUACUUGGAUUAAGUAGGCUUUUAGUGAUUAGCAUAUCCAUAACAAGUGUGAAGUAAAACUAUCUCAGUCAUUAUGGCUAUAAAAUCCAUUCAGGAACAAAUUCUUUUGGGCCAGCCAUGUGAGAAUGUAGUUAUGUGAUACAGUCCUGUUGAACUACUAUCCCAUACUAAUAAAAUGAUGAUGAUGCUGAUUAUGGGGAGGAAUUGGCCAUCAAGGAAACCAUUGCUUUUUAGUAUGAGAAAAGUUUGUUGUUUUAAAAUAAGGAAAUCUUCCUUAUUUUUGUUGCUGAUUGCCAAGAUUAGUAUUAAGGAUUGCAGAUUGAGACAUAUUUUAAGAAUUUUUAUACUCUUACAUUGUAUUACAUUUCUGAAAAUCAUUGUUAUUUCCAUAUCUUGAUUCUCCUACCUGUAAAUGUACAGUUCAUUGUCAUGAAGCUAAUAAAUUAUGGGAGGAUA